GGAGAGGGAGAGCAUAGGGAGGACAAGAAAGGAGGAGGAGAGGGAGAGCAUAGGGAGGACAAGAAAGGAGGAGGAGAGGGAGAGCAUAGGGAGGACAAGAAAGGAGGAGGAGAGGGAGAUGCCAAUGCUUGGUGCUCCUGAGCUGAUGGAGGAGGGAAUAGGGAGGAAAAGGAGGAGGAGGCGGUGUCUCCAGGAGUCACUCACCCAGAAAGACCAAUCAGAACAGCUGCAGGGCACUGACAUCACAGAGAGGAGCAAAUCAGGGCCUCCAGAGCCCAAAGCAACCCACAAGAUGGAAGGCAACAAGAUGGACUCCCACAGGAGUGAAUCUCGGUCAGGACGGUGUGAGGAGGGUAGCCAGCUUGAGGCAGACGGGGACAGAGGAGAGAGAGGGGAGAAAGAAGAAAGAGCAGAUAAGGGGGAGAGAACAGAGAUAGGAGAGAGAACAGAGAUAGGUGAGAGAGAGGAGAAAGGAGCGAGGGUGAUGAGUGGGGCCAACAUGGAAUCAGCCAUGAUCCAGAGCUGGAUGAGAAAGAACCCAGUUGGCCAUCCUAGAUCAGCCACAGAUCCCCACAAACACCCUGAUCCUAACCCUAGGCCCAGACUGCCUAGCCCUAACCCCAACCAUAUCCCUAGUUCAAGAUCCACUCUCAACCCUAACCCUAGAUCGCCCAACCUAAGCCCCAUAUUUAACCCUAACCCCAACACUAGCCUAAAACCCAGCCCCAGCCCCAGCCUCCCCAAGACCAAGGACCGGUGGUCCUACCUGAAGUCCCGAAGCCUACCCAACCUAGUCCAGAGGGAGAGUGUCCGCAGCCCCCUGUCAACUAUGUGUGAGCCCCCCUCUGCCUUCCCCAUCACCCCCUCCAGCCCCCUGUACACCAACACAGACAGUCUGACUGUCCACACCCCCGCCAAGCGCAAACGAGGUCGUCCCAAAAAACAACCCCUGCUCACUGUGGAAACCAUCCACGAGGGCACCUCCACCUCCCCCCUGAGCCCUCUGGCCCGGGACAGCCCUGCUGGGGUCAGCCGUAGGAGAAAGACCACACUAUCCCAAAUCGCAUCUGGUUCCACUAGCCCCAAUAUUAAUGAGUUGAAACUGAAGUGUGGUGAGGGUGCCCAUGUCAGGCCGGUGAAGAGGUUGAAGCUGGGGAAGGUGCAGAGCAUCCUGAAUGAGAUCCUAUCAUGCUCCAGCCAACAUGGCAGCCUGGCACUGAAGUCCGCCUCGGCUCCGGUCUCUUCCGCCAUGACGGUCAUGGCCUCUACCAUUGAGGCUCGUCUGGGAAAGCAGAUCAACGUCAGUAAAAGAGGAACCAUCUACAUCGGGAAGAAGAGGGGGAGGAAGCCGCGCUCUGACACCCAAACCCUUCCCCCCAGAGGUGGGGGGACCAAGCCCCCUGUGCCUGCCUCCAUGUCCAGCCUGUACAACAGACUCCUAGUGCCUUCCUCCCCCCCUCUCAGCUCCAGUACCCUCCUCCUCAGACCCCACACCCUGUCCUCUCUGUGCCACCCCAGCCCUCACGGCCUCCACUCUGACGCCACCAUGCCCAGCCUGCAGCCCAUCAGUGCCCUGCCCUCUAAACACCCAGGCAGGGGGCUACUGGGGGCCGGCUGGAAGCUCUCUCCCCCGCGCCUCCUGGCCAACUCCCCGUCCCACCUAUCUGAGGGGGCGGCGUCCAUCAAGGAGGUGACGCUGUCACCCAUCAGUGAAUCACACAGCGAGGAGACUAUUCCCAGCGACAGCGGCAUAGGGACAGACAACAACAGCACCUCUGACCAGACAGAGAAGGGGACCAACGCACGACGCAGGUACUCCUUUGACCUGUGUGGGUUUGAGGCUGCGGAGUCUGCCGCUCUGCAGGCAUCCAGUCGCGGCAGUAGGGGUCGCUGUGAGCAGCCGGCAGUGGUGGACAACUUCCUGUCCCACCAGGAGAAGAAGCAGAAACACCGCAGGAAGAGGAAGUGCCUGCAGAGCAGAGACCACCUGAACUACCUGUCUGAGCUAGAAGAGGUGGUGGUAAAGCUGCAGCAGCUACAUGUGUCCCACCGACGCUACGCCUCCUGCUACCCCCAGCAACCCUACCCCUCCAUCUUCCGCCUCAACUUCCACCAUCACUACUACCCCCUGACCUAUGACCCCUACCCCUGUGAUCCCGCCCCGUACCUUCGCAGGACCGCCGAGCUCAAGGCCAAGAGGAGGCGUGGCCGGCCCGCCAAAACCAGCGAGCCAAUCACAUCCAAGCUGCCUUUUGUCCAGGGUUUUGGGUAUCCGCUGGCGGGGGGGAACUACUAUGCACCAUAUGCCAUGCCUUAUGCCCCGCCUCUGAGCCUGGGCUACUACACCCCAUCACCCCCACUCUACCUUCCCCACCAUCCCCACGGCCCUUCACCACCCUCCCCCUUCAUGAGGCCUGCCGUCCCCCCUCCGAAGUUCCACUCUGGGGGCCACUCCAAGCUUCAGGCAUCUAGCGGCCCACUGCAGGGCUCCUCUGGUCGGGGAGAAGGACUGGGAUCCCUGGGUGGUGGAGGUCUUGGAGGGGUGAGGCUCCACAAGAGGAAACACAAGCACAAACACAAACAUAAGGAAGAGACCAACCUCCUCUCACCCCAUGACAGACAGGAGCUGGGCGGGCUCUUCAGCGGUGCCAAGACCAAUGGGCUGCUCAACCUGCUGACGGACAGGUGGGAGAUGACCAACCAGAAGCGUCAGGAGAAGCAGAGGGGGGGUGGGAGAGGCUCUAGAGGGGGAUCCAGGGGAGCGAUGUUUGAGUCGAACCCUCUCUCUUCUCUCUCUGUGGACCAUGUCCAGUUCCGCCAACGCACACCCGGAGAGCCAGUGUGCAGCUUCGUGAGCAACUACAGCAGCCAAUCACUGCGGCCAGAUUUGACCUCUGACCUUUUCAGAUUGCGGGAGGAGGGCAGUGGGCAUGGCAGAAGGAGGGGCUUAGCAGUGUUCGGAGAGGAAGGGGUGAUGUCGUUCCACAAUGCCAGGAAAGAGAAGAUCCAUGAAAGAGAAGAGUCCUUCCACAGUUCCAGCCCCACUCUAACAGGUGUUCCAGGUAAGAGGAGAUAUAAGCGUCAUGAGGUGGAACAGAUCCACGGUGAGGUCAGGAGGAUGUGUUCUCUCAACAAUCAGAGGAGCUUUGAGCACGUGCAGAAGAUCCUGCGUGUGAAGCGUCUCCAGCGCCAGGCCAAGACCGGUAACAACGUUGUCAAAAGGCGACCUGGUCGCCCCCGGAAACACCCCAUUGAUGAAUUUGAACCCAACAAUUACGGGAGCGACAUAGGGAGGGGCUUCGGGAUGCCGGUGCUGGAGAGGUGUGUGGACCUACCGGGCAAGCGGAGCUUAAGACCAAGUCCCGCCCCACAGCCUCUGGAGUUUUCCAAUCACGACUCAAUCUCAGUGGCUAUUGAGACGGUAGUUCACAGAGCACGUUCUCUGGCGCCCCCACUGACCAGAGGAGGGAAACGCAGGGGUAGACCCAGGAAGGAAGAGGGAGGGGAUAUGGCGUUUCAUUAGCUAAUCAGUCAGCAGGACAGUUGCAGAUACAGAUGAGCUCUGACCUAUCAGAGAGCUGGUGAGAGGAGCUAACACUGGCCUUAGCAGCCAAAACGGACGUCAAUUCUGGGACCUCUGUGCACUUUGACCUAUUGGCCUGUCUGUUUCUCUUCUAUGAUUGGAUGUAAGGAGUGUGUAAGGAGAGUAACAUUAGAAGAGCAACAGUGUUGCACUUCUGAAGACGGACAAUGACACUUACCAUACAUGUAUGUGAAACAAUGAUGCGUAUGGUACUUUAAUAUGAUACUGUAUGGUACUUUAUGGUACAAUAUCUGAUACUAUAUGGCACUAUUUGAUAAGGUACUGUAUGAUACUAUGGUACUAUACAGUAUGAAAUACAAUGGUACUUUAUGAUAGUCUUUAUCUGAAUGUGGCAUUAGCCACACCUUUACCAGCAGACGUGGGGUGGUGAUUGGUUAAUAUGAUAUUGUGCAGCUCUGCUUAGUUUUGCCCCCCCCCCCCUGCCGCAGAGAUACUAUAAAGGCAAUAUGCUGUACUGAGCCUCCCUGGCCUUUACAGCUAUGAUCUAACUGUACAUAGAACAUACUCCACUUUUACCCGCCUUUUACCCCGCAGAAUACAGUCCAUUUACAUGUACUGGCUACUCAUAUCAAACUGAAAUGUUGUACCAUAGUCCAUAAACGUUGGGAUUGUGGUUUUAUAACCAAAAAUAGACCUGGAUGUGACUCAGGACAUGUUUGUUUUCAGGCUGAAGGAACCACAUCUAUUCAUUCAUUUAUUCUGUGUAUAUAAGAAGGUCAUCACAUACAUGGGAAUAUCAGGGGUGUUUGGUGAAACCUUAAAGGUCAACUUUGGGCAAAAACACAAAGAUAACGGCUUUUCACUGUAUAACUGAUCAAUGCUCCAUCAUACCAGGUCAUUUAAUGCAACAACAAAAAAUAUAUAGAUAAGAUAUUUGGCUAAAGAAGUGCCAUUUCCUACCGAUCUCUACAGCUUCUGUCCAAAAACAAAUCCUGUGAAAUGACUUCUACACAUGGAGGAGAUACUGGCUAGCUACAGUGGCUAGCUUAGCUAACAAACUAGCUACGUCGGUCGCAGCGUAAGAACAGAAUGACACGUUGAUGAUCCACCAAACCACCAACACCCCAUUUCUGUUUGAAAAUUGAGAAAGAGGCAAGGUUGGACCAUUUUUUUGUUCCCAAUGUCGACCUUUAAAGAUGGUUUUCAUUUGCUAUCUAAACAUACACUUUCAUUUAAUCAAAGUCAACACUUACAUGCUUGUUCUAGCCUUACGAUUUGGCCUUGACUUCAUUGGUGGACAUCCAUUCAGAAACGUGCUUUAAUGUAAACUAUUUGAAUAUGCAGGAUGCUCAGCCAAUGGCGUCAAACCUAAGCCCAAGCCUGAGAUUUGAUUGGACAGUAAAGAUGGAGGAGGACUAAUGAUCAGUGUGUGGUACUCUGAUGGUUUCUAUCUGAGUAGUGGUAGGAAAACAACAUGAGUAGUGGUAGAAAAACAACAAUUAAGUAUUGGAAUAGGGAACCAAAGCCUCAGAGUUAUAUGUGUUUCACAGACUUGUCAGACAGGUGUAGGGUUGUCAGUGUUCUCAUUCUGCAGCUAAACACACAGGACAUUAGAUGUUAGCUAGCUAGAAUGUUUUCAGUAUUUCAUAAAAUAGCAGUAGGUACGUAUUUCAUUGGGACCUAUGUCUAAUGUAAACUUGGGAAGCCUCUCCUCUCUCUGUGAGGGUCUUGUCAGCUCCAGCAGUUCUGCACGUGCCUUAUGUUUGUUUCUUAAACCAUCACAUCUCAUUCUGUGGGAAUAAAAAAUGGCAGAGAAGUCACUGAGAUUGAAACCACGUACUAAUGAUUGUGCAUUUUCGACACGUGUGUCUUAGCCACCACAACACGGGCACUACCUAUGUCCCUUUGCAGCCAUACGUACAACAGGCCUGAUUCCAUUUAAGGUUUCACGCCCCUUAUGCUCAUCCCUGGCUCUUUGGAUUGAACAGAUAAAAGAGCUCUGUGAAGCACUCUAUUAGAGAGAAAGGUGGAUCCAUCACCAUGCAGUCUUUUCAUAUCUGAGCUGUGAGGAGCAGAGGUGGUAGGAGCCAGGGAAAGUGGACUUGAAUCUAAAUGGAACCAGGCCCCCCGGGCUGUGGGCGGGCAGGCUGUGCCAGGGGAGUUCUGGUGGGAACCAUGCUGUCUUACGUAGUUGUUUGCUAUGCAUCAGGUCUGGCCUGAGCUGUCUGAGGAGUCCACCCUUCCACAUAGACAAAUAAGUGUCUUAUUUACCCAAUAAAACAUGCAGUCAUGUAUCCAGAAGUGUGAAUAAUAUCAGUAAUAAUUUGUAAAGCGUUGUGCAGAAGGUGACUAUCAUUUCAUGUCAACUUUAGUGACUGCAGCUCCCUGCAGUGCUGCCUUAAUCAGAAGUCAAGCUCCAGUUGUGAAGUGUUUAUCUGUUGUAAAUAGUCUGUUCUGUUGUGUACUGCCUGCAUGGAUACAAACUGGCCUCAGCUACAUGUGAUGGCAUAUCCCCUCAGACCAACCUAAGCCCAUCCUAGAACACAGACCCAUCUUAGUCAACAUUAGACAUUAGAACCAGCAAUACCCCUUUAGUCAGUCUCUAUCCAUCAAUUAGAAAAGUCAUCAAACAGUCAUAGCAAGGUUAAGAUCCCAGGACCUGUGCCAGCCUAUGAUAAUGACUCUUGUUGCACUUCAGCCAAGACCAAGAACCCCCAUUGGCUAGCAGCUAUACUCCCCUCAGCCAAUGGGUGCCUAGUGCAGAAGUGCGUGUGUGUGUGUGUGUGUGUGUGUGUGUGUGUGUGUGUGUGUGCACAGAGGGCAUUACCAAACCACGUACUCAGACCACGUGCUCAGAGGGCAUUACCAAAUAUACACCUGUCCUUGUCAGUGUGUGUGUCAGUUCUAGGCCACUUAGAGAGAACAGAGACUGAACUGGAUCUCAUAACCAAACUACACCUUUCACAGGAGGCCUGGAUCUCUCUAACCGGGUCUAGGGUCUGGGUGUCUGAGUGUGGUCUAGUGGUAGUCUAGGUUUGGUAUAAGGGGUCUAGAUGUGGUAUAGUUGCGGUCUAAGGGGUCUAUAGACUUCAAGCUUGGCAGCUCAGUAUUCCAUGGUUGGUCUCUGAUGUUGGAGUUAAGCCACUGGGAUCUGUCUGUUUCUCUACCAGCCGAUGUUCCGGUGCCUUCUACAGCUGACUAGUAUUGUCCUGAUCCUCUGCUUAACUACACACAGAGACCGACCGCAUGGUCCAGUACGGUCAAGGUGGGUGUUACGGUCCCUGUUGUGUACUGGAUUCUGUAUUCACUCUGGUCCAGCUGUGUGGCUGGUAUGAUUACAAGUAGAAGUUUCCCUUAACCACAGAUCCAGGAUCAGAUCACCCAACCCUAAAUCAUAACUUUCAUUAUCAGGGGGAUGAAAGAACAUCUGGUCCUGGAUCAGUGGUUAGGGGAGAGUUCGACCCCUCCACAACAGUCUGACUAGUCCAAUACAGCUACUGGAGCUGAAUCAUACUGUAUGCAUCUCAAAUCACUCCCUACACCCUAAGUAGUGUACUACUACAGAAGACUAUAUGGAAAAUAUGGAGUUAUGUGAGAAGCAGCCACAGUCUCUACUAAUAUGUGUAGUCAUUAACAUAUAUGUUAUGUUCCUACGCUAUAUUGUUGUUCAACGCUGAACAUGCAGAUGAAGGGUCGAUGAGGAAACCAAUAAAUGUACUUUGCAAGAGCACAAAGUGAGCUCUUAACUGUGUUGGCAUAUUUGAGUUGGUAUACAUAGUGUAUUUGAACCUUUUUACUAGAGUGGGUUUUCUUUUAUUUGCAUGCUCCACUUGAUUGUAUUCAUCAAUAUUUUAGACAAGCGGAGAAGUUGAAUUUCAAUUGAAUUUGGAGCAAGACUUGUACAUUGUUUGAUAUGUUUCUUUUUGUAAUGGAUUUUUAAUUCAUAAAGCAGUUUUGUACAUUGUAUGAAUAUAAAAAAAAAAUGCAAAUAUUUGACAUAUAGAAAUAAGUAAAUACUUAGAUGGGCAUGCAUAUGCAUAUAUCCUUCUUAGUAUGUAUGUGUAAAUGUGCACAUAUUUUGUAUUUGCCUUCGCUCAUAUACAGAUAUAUGUCAUAUGCACAUAUACAUGCAAUAUAUAUGUAUAUCCAUGUCUGCUGGCAUGCUUCUGGUCAUGUUUACCUAUCAUGAUCUUGUAGUCUAUUUUUUUUAUUUCUUUUCUCUGAGGAAAAGCUUGUUCUUUUGCUACCGUUUUCCUGGCUGGCAGCAUUGGGCACUUAUUAAGAUGAAAUACAGUUGAACUUGUUCAUGUUAUUCAUUGUGUGAAAUAAUAAAUGAAUUUAUUGAAAGCU